AUGUUGACAUCGAGACCACCACUGGCCCGCGCACAGUCUCUUGUAGCUCUAUACACUCUUGAGGAGAAGAUCAAUGCCACUUCUAGUGGCGCCCCUGGAGUUCCUCGCCUCGGCGUUCCACCAUAUCAAUGGUGGAGCGAAGGUCUUCACGGCAUUGCUGGUCCUUACACCAACUUCAGUGACAGUGGAGAGUGGAGCUACUCGACGUCGUUCCCCCAGCCCAUCUUGAUGGGAGCUGCUUUUGACGACGACCUUAUUACCGACGUGGCAAAGGUCAUCUCGACUGAAGCCCGUGCGUUCAAUAACGCGAAUAGGACAGGUCUCGAUUUCUGGACCCCCAACAUUAACCCCUUCCGUGAUCCCCGCUGGGGACGUGGCCAGGAGACACCCGGCGAAGACGCAUACCACCUGUCUUCUUAUGUUCAAGCUCUCAUCCAUGGGCUUCAGGGUGAGUCGACUGACCCAUACAAGCGUGUUGUUGCCACUUGCAAGCAUUUUGCUGGUUACGACGUCGAAGAUUGGAACGGAAACCUCCGCUACCAGAAUGAUGUGCAAAUUACUCAGCAAGAGCUUGUCGAAUACUACCUGGCCCCCUUCCAGGCUUGUGUCCAGGCGAAUGUUGGGGCUUUCAUGUGCUCCUACAAUGCUGUGAAUGGCGCUCCACCGUGUGCCGAUCCCUAUCUGUUACAGACGAUUCUUCGCGAGCACUGGGGCUGGACCAACGAGGAGCAAUGGGUAACAGGUGAUUGUGACGCUGUUCAGAACGUUUACUUGCCUCAUCAGUGGUCACCAACUCGCGCAGGUGCCGCUGCUGACUCACUCGUCGCGGGUACGGAUGUCACCUGUGGUACCUAUAUGCAAGAGCAUCUGCCCGCCGCCUUCCAGCAAAAGCUUCUGAACGAAAGUUCUCUCGACCAGGCUCUUAUCCGUCAAUACUCGUCACUUGUUCGAUUGGGCUACUUUGAUGCAUCCGAGAACCAGCCAUACCGCCAGCUCGGAUUUGACGCGGUAGCUACUAACGCUUCACAGGCGCUUGCUCGUAGGGCUGCUGCUGAGGGAAUUGUGCUUCUCAAGAACGACGGCACACUGCCGCUGUCUCUUGACUCGUCGGUCACUGUCGGACUCUUUGGUGACUGGGCAAAUGCCACCAGCCAACUCCUUGGUAACUACGCCGGUGUUGCAACGUACUUGCACAGCCCUCUCUACGCUCUUGAACAAACUGGUGUAAAGAUCAAUUACGCUGGCGGUAACCCGGGUGGCCAAGGCGACCCCACCACCAACCGAUGGUCCAACCUGUACGGUGCUUACUCUACUAGUGAUGUUCUAAUCUAUGUUGGCGGUAUAGAUAACAGUGUUGAAGAAGAAGGACGAGACCGAGGCUACCUGACAUGGACUGGUGCUCAACUUGAUGUCAUCGGUCAGCUCGCCGACACCGGGAAGCCAGUCAUCGUCGUGGUCACUGGAGGCGGUCAGAUUGACAGUUCGCCGCUGGUCAACAACCCCAACAUCUCCGCUAUCAUGUGGGCCGGAUACCCCGGUCAAGAUGGUGGUUCAGCCAUCAUCGACAUCAUCGGCGGAAAGACGGCUCCCGCUGGACGUCUUCCUCAGACUCAAUACCCUGCCAACUACACAGCCGCAGUAUCCAUGAUGAACAUGAACUUGCGUCCUGGAGAGAAUAGCCCAGGCCGUACCUACAAAUGGUACAAUGGCAGCGCGACUUUCGAGUUCGGUUACGGCAUGCAUUACACCAACUUCUCUGCUGAGAUCACCACACAGAUGCAGCAAAGCUACGCCAUCUCGAGCCUUGCCUCCGGAUGCAAUAGUACCGGAGGUUUCCUUGAGCGAUGCCCAUUUGCUUCCGUCAACGUCCAGGUCCAUAACACAGGCAACGUAACUUCCGACUACAUCACUCUUGGUUACAUGGCUGGUACUUUUGGACCUGCACCUCACCCCAGGAAGACCCUUGUAUCCUACAAGCGCCUUCAUAGCAUUGCUGGUGGCGCUACAAGCACUGCUACACUCAAUCUUACGCUCGCUUCUCUUGCCAGGGUUGAUGAGCAUGGCAACAAGGUCCUCUACCCGGGUGAUUACAGCUUGCAGAUUGAUAACAAUGCGCUCGCUACUGUCAAUUUUACCCUCACUGGUGAGCAGGCCGUGUUGGAUAUGUGGCCACAGCCACCUGUAAACCGCUCCAGUGCUGGUGUGAAGGGUAUUGGUAACUACUGGUAUGGUGGAUAUGGCAGUGGCUAUGCUAGUCUUCCUGCUAGCGAGCAGAUGGUUAUGUGA